AUGACCAGCUCGACUAAACACUUUCUUUUACUAAUUAUUUUUUGCACCGGAUUUUCCAUCCCGUUCGUUGCUAGUUCGGGCUUCGACAAUGAACACGAUUCAUUACGGUAUAGUAUUGACGCAUUCCGAAAACUUUUGACAGCAUUAAAUAUUACUAAUGGACUUUAUAUUCCCAAAGAUCGGCUUGUGCACGUAUUGGAUAAAAUCACAAGUCGAUAUGUUUGUGAAACAAAGGCCCCUUGCUCAAAUGCUCUGUGUCUAUCGGCGGAUGAGAUUGUGGAAAUUUCAGCUGGUCGUUUAAUUCCGAAAUUAUCCCAAGAAGAAUUUGACAAAUUUGCAUUAGUCGUUCUCUACCGGCUACAAAAGAAGGAUGAACUAUGCAAACCACCACCGGCUCUCUCGUUUUCCGAAUACGAAGAAAAGACCGUAGACUUACUAACGGAUGACCAACAUAUCUCAGUUAUGAAAUUGGAUGAAGUUCUUCACAGAUUAACUGGUACAUCUCAUCUGCAUGACCACGAUCACGAUGAUCAUGACCGUCGGCGAAGGUCUGCGAGAACCGAUGGGAAAGUGCAACGGCGAAAAGUUCGACGGGAUUCGAGGUCGAAUUCUCACGAAUCUAAUGAACAUGAUCAUGACCACAGUGGCCAUGACCACAGUGGCCAUGAUGACCACAGUGGCCAUGACGACGACGACGACCAUGAAGAUGACAUUAAAUUACCUUCUCUUUACAAAACGAACUGCUUCAAUUCAGAAUUGGCUGUCGACCAGGCAAAGACUGAGACUAGAAAAAAUGUUUCAAGCGAGAUCAAGAGAAUUGCUUCAGUCAUAAUCUAUCACUUAUACAAAGGAACCAAUUUUGAUGAUUCCUGUCGGAUCCUCCCAACAAGAACGGCGUUUAUAGAAAAUCUCUUUCAAAAUUUCCACUCCGUAAAUGGUUCUUUAACCCUCGAAGGUUUUAAAACCAUUAUUAAGAAACUUGGCAUUGGUCUCUUAUCUUCGAAUGCUGGACACGAUACUGAUGGCCAUGGACACAAUCAUAAAAAACGCUCCUUAAACAAACGAAUAAAACGGUUGGUUGGAAAAUCAAUGGGAUCUACAGAAAAGAUUGAUAAAUGCUUCACUGAUCUGGAACUGCUGUCUGUGUUCAGUAACCAACCGACGCCCAACAUUAAAUCGGAAGUUUUUACUAAUCUCUGUCCAGCACUGCUUCAACAGUAUGUCUCCGGAGUCUGUAAAAUUCGACCAAAGGUCAUUCGAAAGAUUUCACCAUCGGAAAGCUAUGGCUAUGGAACUGUUUGUGUCGUGAUUAUUUGUCUGUGUUCAGUGGUUGGAGCUUUGGUUGUGGUCUGCAAGAACAGAUCAGCUUUUAUGUAUACAAUGGCGUUGUUUGAGGGACUUGCUGUCGGCACUUUGACCAGUGAUGCAUUGCUUCAUCUGAUACCACAAGCUCUGGGCCUCCAUCAACACGAUGAUGAAGAACACGGAAAUGAAGAAAAUGGCGGACCCGGCUAUCUCUGGUUCUGCUUAGCCUGUUUAGGAGGGUUAUAUAUUUUCUAUUUACUGGAAGUCGUACUCACUUGGUUCAAUGAGGGUCACGGUCACUCCCACGAUUUCACAGAAAGUCAAAUGAAGAAUCCCGAAAUCUAUACCGUGUCAGAAAAUAGCAAAUCGGUGGAGGAAAAAGUCAGCUCACAGAUGAACAUUGUUGAAGGGAAAACUGAAAUAAAACGAACCUACAAAAUCCCUCCAUUGGCACUUAUGGUUGUUAUUGGUGACGCAUUGCAUAAUUUCGCUGAUGGCCUGGCGAUUGGAGCGGCAUUUAAUCAAAGUAUUGUGAUUGGAUUUGCAACAAGUAUAGCUGUUUUGUGUCAUGAACUCCCUCAUGAAUUGGGUGAUUUCGGUGUUUUACUAGGCAGUGGCAUUGGCUUCAAACGCGCCAUUUUCUUCAAUCUCUUCUCUUCUCUCACGGCGCUGAUUGGCCUGUAUAUUGGUCUUGUUAUUGCCACAGACAUCGUUAUUCGCCAAUGGAUCUUUGCAGUAACUUCUGGAAUGUUCCUCUAUAUUUCUCUUGUUGACCUGCUACCAAUUCUUAAAUCUAAUGACUUAAAGAGUAACAAAGGGUUGUUACUAUUCAUUCACAAAUUAAUUGGAUGUGGAGCUUUUCCUGAAUGCCAAAAGAUAUCAUACCAUAUCUGGAAUAUUUCCGACGGGAAAACUUUCGCAACCGAAAGAGAUGGGGUGGCGGAGAGCGCGGCGUUGGUGUGGUGUGGUGCUGCGACGAUAAUUUGCUCUUCCCUAAACGAGUGCAACGGAAUCGAAGCGUUCGCCUUUGUGCCCACUUGCCGACUGAACUCUUCGUCAGCUGAUCACUUACACCUCCCUCUCAAACUCGUCGACACCUCCCGUGGAUUUGAUGAUUCGGCGUUUUUCUAUCUCGGUCGCGACGCUUCGAACGCUGAGACGGGAACGACAUGCGUGGGUAACGGAGACGGCCACAGCGCACUGCUCGGCGCGUCGUCGGCCAGAUUAAAGGACCUCACCAGACCGUUCGAUCGGUAG